UGAAUUUCUGAUGCUGCGCGAGACCAGUGGAAAGAAGGCGAACACAACGUUAGAAGUCGGAGGGAAAAGUUAUUUUUCUACAAAUAUUGGUUAUUUAAUUGAGACUUAAAAGCACAGGAAUGGAUUUUAGGACUUGCUGUCUCUGGUUCAUUCACGUAAUUCUUCUCGCAGGUUUAGCCUGUGGACUGCAAAUCACUACAACUGGUCCCACGUCCAUUGAGAAAGCCAGCGGGGAGAGUGUAAAGUUGGACUGUCAGUUUACACUUGCUCCAGAGGAUACCGGUCCUAUGGAUAUCGAGUGGACCCUGCAGCCCUCAGACAACCAAGAAGUUGAAAAACCGGUGAUUGUGUACUCGGGCGACAGAGUUUAUUCAGAAUACUAUGCUCCUCUUAUAGGGAGAGUUUACUUCAACUCCCCUGACCCCAAAAAUGGUGAUGCCUCCAUGAACAUAAUGGGACUGAAGGCAAUAGACACGGGCACCUAUCAAUGCAAGGUGAAGAAAGUUCCUGGCAUCAACAGCCGAAAGUUUCUACUAACUGUCAUGGUUCGCCCCUCUAAACCGAGAUGUUACGCGGAUGGUCCGACUCUGAUGGGGAAAGAUAUGAUGUUGCGGUGUAAUUCUGCAGAUGGCACGCAACCACUAAAGUACACUUGGGAGAGAAUCACGGGCAAUAAACUGCUGCCACCCACAGCAGUGCUGGAUCCGGUCGGGGGCACCAUGAGUCUGAGGAACGCCACAGAGUCCGCUUCUGGAACAUACCGCUGCGUUGCUAAAAACAAUGUUGGAACAGAGGAGUGUGCGGUGGAGGUUAGCGUUGUACCAGCUCCUAACACAGCGGGCAUCAUCGCGGGUGCUGUGAUCAGUGUUCUGUUGGCUCUCAUACUUCUCGCCCUUAUCCUCUUCUGCUGUUGCCGUGCCCGCCAAAAGAAGCGUUACGAGAAAGAGAUCUCCUAUGAGAUAAGAGAGGAUGUACCCCCUCCCAAGAGCCGCGUUUCUACCGCACGCAGCUUCACCAGCGUGGGUAGCCAACGUUCCUCUCUGGGCUCCAUGUCUCCCUCCAACCUCCAUGAGUACACCAAACCUCAGUACGACAAGAUACCCUCUGAAGAAAACGACAGGCCACCUAGCCACGCCCCCAUUCCCCCGCCCAGCAGAAUGGCUGGCCCCAACCUCAGCCGCAUGGCUGGCCCCAACCUCAGCCGAAUGGGGGCCAUCCCAGUCAUGAUUCCUGCCCAGAACAGGGAUGGAUCCAUUGUGUAGACCUAAACUAGUAUCUCUACCAUUUUGACUCACACUAUUCAAUACAUUGUUCGACUGGAAUUUGCAAACAGCACAAAUGAAGAUCACUGCAGGUUCCGAUCUCCCCACGUCUAAUAAUACAAUUUGACUUCCAGAACUAAAAAGAAACUAAUGCAGAACUGUGAUCGAUUCACCUGCUUCUGUUUUGUUUUGUAAAUAACGCAAUGCAUGAUUGAUUUGAAGGCCCUAUUAUAUGCAAGGUGGCUUUAAUAUUCCAAGGCACUUGAAAUGUUUGCCCAUAAAAUGUUCUACAGAGAAAUUAAUCUUUGAAACCUAAAUUUACUCCAUGUAGUACAACUUAUUAUAGUUCAUUAUUGUACAUAUCAACUCCCUAGCUAUUAUCUGAUAUCAUUCUGUUUUUCACUUUAUACAAAAGGCUAUCUAAGAUUUACUUAAGGGACUGUGGAAAGAUGAGGGUUGGCUUGGUUUAUGGAUGAGAUGGUUUAAAAAAAAAAACAUGAUUUGAUGAUUGAUGUGGUGUAUAUAUAAAUGUGAACUUUUUGGAAAAUGAGAAAACUGUGAUUUAAAUCGCAUUGCUUUUUCUUUACCAUGCAGCAGUUUUAUAUAAGCCUGUUUUUGGCUUCAGAGUGAUUAGUGCGUCUGUCAAUUCCUUAUUCGUGGAUUGGGUCUUGACCCCAAACCUUUGCUUACCCCCACCCUCCAAUGAAAUGAAAGGAAAGAUAGGGCUCUGUUGCAGGUCAUUGAGCAGUCAGGUUUUAGGGCCAACAGAACCCCAGAUCUCCUCAACUCUGCCCUGCCCCUCCUUUUUACACUACCCCUAGCCAAUCACAGAUGAUAGCGAUAAUACGCUGACUUUAAUGCGAUCCUAAUCUUAAACCUGCAUUUGUUUUGGCCGUCAGCUUAUUCUGUCUUGAAAGAUAAAGCUUUAAUUUCCAAUUGGCGGUUGGAAGUGUUAGUAAGCAGUAUAUGUGUUAGAUGAAGGACAAGAAAUGAAAUGAAGGACAAGAAAUCAAGGGAUGGUUAACAUUAAUGUGAGCCAAUGAAGGACGUUAAUUUUAAACUGAGGUAAUCUAUAAAUGUGUAAUUUUGAAUGAAUAGUUUUGGUUAAGUGUAUUUUGAGAUGAAUUUGAUAAGGUCUAAAAUAAUGACCCACCUAAUUGAGCACAUUGUCGCUAUAAUUUUCAGCUGUUUAAUAGAAACAUUACAGAUCUUUUUAAUCAUUUUUCCCAUGGUGGGGUAUGUUUGACCUUGAAGGGUUUCCCAAUGUUCACUGUAUGUGCCUUUUUUAUCUGGGUUUAAUGAAUUGGUUUCACACAAUGAGUGUAGGUUUAACAGAUGACAAGGUAAAUAAUAGAUGAACCGACAUGAUGCUCAGCUGAAAUGGUAAAUUAGUCGUAGUAAUUGGUAAUGAACAAUUUAGCACUAUCUGAUUUGAAGCAGACUGGGAAAAAUACUACUUAUUGAUACACAUGUAAAACAGGCUGCUUUUCAUCUCAAAGAGUGUACACUGUCAACUAAACGCUGUCUCUAUAAAUACAAGUCACUGCUGUACACAAGUAGUAGUCGCUUCUCUGAUCUAUUUUUUGAAUAGGGUGCCUGUUGAAUGUGUAAAUAUGUAAUGUAAUUCUGGGUCCUAUUUUAUAGCUGUAAAGAACGAGAGGGAGAUUGGGUUAAUCAUUCACCAUCUGAAUAAGGUAUUAACAUUUAUUACUACACAGAAGUUGUCAUUACCUGAAAGCACACGCUCAUGUUUUCUCUGGGCUUUUAUUUAUUAAGACUCUGACAAUAGAGGUACUGUUCCAGGAUCAGUUCUGCUUGUUCGAACAUUUGAUGUUAGUGUAAACAUGACAAUCUGAUCCUUCAUCAGCAAACCUUGGCAGCCAUGUAGUUUCCUUGAACUAAAUGAUCUGUUUGUGGUAAAGCCCGUUCUGUAUUUCAUAACUGUAGGUGUUAGGCCUUUUAAGAGAUAGAAAAUGUAAAUCCUAAAAAGAAACAACCAAUGAUGUUUAUGUAGCUGUUACUUUUUUUUAUGUUGUACUAAUAAUACUUAACCCCUCAUUUUUACUCUGCACAUUAUGUAAAAACCUUAUUUUCUUUAUUUUUGUGUGCUUUUUGUGAUGUAUUUUUAAAUAAAAAGGAAAGCUCUAUCAUUCUCAA